AUGACUGCUAUUGGUGUACCAAUCAAGCUACUACACGAGGCUGAAGGGCAUGUAAUUACCUUAGAAACGGCUACUGGUGAGUUUAAAGGGUGUUAUUGCGGAAUUGUAAUCUUGGUUUUUACUUUGUUUUAAUAUUUUUUAGUUUUAGACAUACCAUAAGUUUUUUUUUAAGUUUAAUAAAAGGUAUAAAACCCUAGUUUAACGUUUUAAUAACUGAUAUUGUUGUAGGCGAAGUGUAUCGUGGAAAACUGAUUGAAGCCGAAGACAACAUGAACUGCCAAAUGGCUGAGAUUACCGUGACACUCAGAGAUGGUCGUUCGCAAACUUUAGACAAUGCAAUGGUUCGUGGAUCUCAAGUAUGUUUAUUUUUAUAUUGCUUUCUGCUUUUAGGGCAUUCUGAAUAUAAAAAAUUUCGACUGCACAUUUUUACUUGAAAAAGAUUUACAUUUAUUGUGUUUUUGUAAAGCUGCUUUGUUAUUUUUAACGACUUUGCUUUACUAAUUGUCAAUGAUAAUAUCGGACAUCAUUUCAGAUUCGAUUCGUGAUUCUCCCAGACAUGUUGAAAAACGCGCCCAUGUUUAAAAAUAUUGGCCGAGCGCAGAAAGGAGCUAUUGGUAUGGGGCAAGGUGGUAUGCAACCACCAACUCGUGGUCGUGGUGGAGCCUUCCGAGCGCGCGGAGGUCGUGGUGGUGGCGGUCCACCUCGUGGUGGUCCAAUGAGAGGCAACUUCCGGGCCUAG